UUUCGUCAUUAACGUGCGCCUGGUUAGUUCCUGAUAGAGGUGCUUGCAUGUGUCAAUGUCAGCUAUUGACAAAUAGGCAUAGGUUACAGAGACAUCCCAUACCCUGCAAAACUAUGAGUGCAUCUGUUCUAGCAGCACAGCUCAGGCUGAAGACCAUUAACCGGCUGCAAAUAAUUGUAAAACAUUUGAGCAUGUCCAGUCAGACAUCUUCAAAUGCAGAAGUACUGCUGACAAAAACAGGAUCUGCAGGUUUGAUUACCUUAAACAGGCCGAAGGCUUUGAAUGCACUGAACCUUAAUAUGAUUCGCCUUAUAUAUCCCCAGUUAAAGCGUUGGGAAGAAGACAAAGACACCUUUCUAGUUAUUAUUAAAGGAGCUGGAGAGAAAGCAUUUUGUGCCGGUGGAGAUAUCAGAGCCGUUACAGAUGCAGGAAAGACAGGUGACCGGCUCGCACAAGAUUUUUUCAGGGAAGAAUACAUUCUGAAUAAUGCAAUUGGUACUUUCAAAAAGCCUUAUGUGGCAUUAAUUGAUGGAAUUACAAUGGGAGGCGGUGUUGGCUUGUCCGUCCAUGGGCAGUUCAGAGUUGCGUCCGAGAAAACACUUUUUGCAAUGCCAGAGACAGGAAUUGGACUUUUUCCAGAUGUUGGCGGAGGGUAUUUUUUGCCUCGGCUUCCAGGGAAAAUUGGCUUAUUUAUUGCGCUUACUGGAUUUCGAUUAAAGGGCAGAGAUGUGCAAAAAGCUGGAAUUGCAACUCAUUUUGUGGACAGUACACAGAUGUCAUCGUUGGAGAAAGAUCUUGUCACUUUAAAUUGUCCCUCAAAAGAUGAUAUUGUGAAUGUGCUGGACAUCUAUCAGAAAAAGAGUGAUGCUGUUGAGGAUAAGCCAUUUGUACUAGCGGAACAUCUGGACAAGAUUAACAGGCUGUUCUCAGCAAACAGCGUAGAAGAAAUAUUUGAAAAUCUGGAGCGAGAUGGCUCACCUUUUGCCAUGAAGCAGCUGGAGAUACUUAAUAAAAUGUCUCCCACAUCAUUAAAAAUGACCUUCAGGCAGCUCACAGAAGGUGCAUCAAUGUCUCUACAAGAUGUGUUUACAAUGGAGUACAGACUAAGCCAGGCCUGUAUGAGAGGACAUGAUUUUUAUGAAGGUGUUAGAGCAGUGUUGAUUGACAAAGAUCAGAAAAUGAAGUGGAAGCCGGAGCGAUUAGUGGAAGUGGCAGAUGACUAUAUUGACAGCUGUUUUGCCUCCCUUGGAAGCAAUGACCUCAAGUUGUAGUUAAAUUAUAAUUCUGGUGAUGAAGAAUUUAAUGACACGAGGAUUCUAGAUUCUAAAAAAUAUAACAGAGAACUAGAACUUUACCAUUCUGUGCUACAUUCUAGAUUUUUGUGCCUGUUUAUUUUUAUUAUUUUU